AUGAGCCAAGCUCCAAGGUGCCUUCUUGCAGAGCUGGCUGGUAGCAAUCCCUCGUUGGGGGCCUCGCUCCCCUCCCAGCUAAGCACCAUCACCCUGGAGGACCUGGGGCUGCUGGAGGAGGGGCUAGACAGCCCUGAGGCCCUGAGUCUGGAGGAGAUCUCAGGCAGGUGUGAGCCCAGCUGCCAGACAUCCACCAUCUCUGUCCCGGAGCAGGACACCCCCGAGCGCUGGAAGCAGCUAGAACAGUGGGUGGCUGACCUGCAGGCCGAGGUGGUGUCCCUGCGGGGACACAAGGACCGCUGUGAGCACUCCAUGCUGAGGCUGCUGCGGGAGCUGCUCCAGGUGCGCGCCUGCGUGCAGCUGCAAGAUUCGGAGCUGAAGAGGCUGCAGCAGGAGGGGCUGCAAGUGGCUCGGGGCCCUGAGGAGGCCUGCGAGCUCCCCAGCCUCCAGCACCAGAUGCAGGCCCUGGACAAGAGGCUGGUGGAGGUCCGGGAGGCCCUGACCCAGAUCAGGAGGAAGCAGGCGCUCCAAGACUCCGAGCGGAAGGGCGCUGAGCAGGAGGCCAGCCUCAGGUUGGCCAAGCUGACUGGGAAGCUGGAGCAGGAGGAACAGGAUCGGGAGGCAGCCUGUGGUGCCCUGCAGAAGAGCCAGGAGGAAGCUAGCCAGAGGGUGGACCACGAGGUGGCCAGGAUGCAGGCCCAGGUGACCAAGCUUGGAGAGGAGAUGAGUCUCCGCUUCCUCAGGAGGGAGGCCAAGCUGUGCGGCUUCCUGCAGAAGAGCUUCCUGGCCCUCGAGAAGAGAAUGAAGACCUCGGAGAGCGCUAGGCUGAAGGCGGAGAGCGGCCUGCGGGAGGAGCUGGAGAGCAGGUGGCAGAAGCUCCAGGAGCUGGACGAGGAGCGAGUCCAGGCCCUGUGGGGGCAGCGCAAGGAAGAAUGCCACCUCCUGGAGCAGUGCCAGGGCCUGGACAAGGCCGUGGUCCAGCUGACCAAGUUCGUGCAGCAGAAUCAGGUGUCACUGAACCAAGUCCUGCUGGCUGAGCAGAAGGCCCGGGACGCCAAGGGGCACUUGGAGGAAAGCCAGGCUGAGGAACUGGCCGCCUACCUGCAGGAGAACCUGGAGGCCAUGCAGCUGGCCGGCGAGCUGGCCCAGCAGGAGACACACAGCGUGCUGGAGCUGCUCCAAGAGAAGAGCCAGGCCCUGGAGGUGUCCGUGGCUGAGCUCGUCAGGCAGGUGAAGGACCUGAGUGACCAUUUCCUGGCCCUGAGCUGGAGGCUGGACUUGCAGGAGCAGACGCUGAGCCUGAGGCUGCGCGAGGCAAAGAGUGAGUGGGAAGGCGCAGAGCGGAAAUCCCUGGAGGGCCUGGCCCGGUGCCGGGAGGAGGCCGAAGCACACCUGAGGGACGUGCGGGAGAAAGUGGACAGCCUGCCCCGGCAGAUAGAGGCUGUCUCCGACAAGUGCGUCCUCCACAGGAGCGACUCAGACCUCAAGAUCUCUGCCGAGGCCAAAACCAGAGAGUUCGAGCUCGGGGCCAUGCGACAGGAGCUGGCUGCUGUGCUGUCGUCCGUGCAGCUUCUCAGGGAGGGCAACCCUGGGCGGAAGAUCGCCGAGAUCCAGGGCAAGCUGACUACGUUUCAGAACCAAAUAAUGAAAUUGGAAAAUAGCAUCCGGGACAACAAGGCCGUCCAGAACCUCAGGUUUAAUACAGAAACCAAGCUGCGCAUGGAGGAGAUGGCCACCCUGCGGGAGAGCAUGAUGCGCCUGUGGAGUGAGGAGGGCCCGUGGGCCCUGACGCUGGGCAGCAGGAGGGUCCUCAUGUCGCUGGUGAGGCAGCGGUUCUUCAUCAAGGACGUGGCCGCCAGCGAGGUGGUCCCCGUGAACCGCUGGGGUGUGUAUCAGGCCGUGAGGUGGCUGAGGUGGAAGUCGGUCCUCCUGAGCCUGGUGGCCCAGCGGAGGCCAAGAGCGGUCUUGGAGAAGUCCCUCAGCUGGGAGCCUGCCCAACAGCUCAUGUCCUUGCCCCUCUCCCAGAAAUAAAUGU